CAUCGUCUGGCGGUGAAGUACUUUUUUUAAAUAUAUACCUAGUGAAAACAAAGUGAAAAAUCGUUAUAUUAAUAAUUCACAUAUUAGGUGAUAUGGUUUCGAGGGAUACAUUAUUUUUGUCAUGUCACGCGUUGGUUUGGGCGGCGGCGGCUCUAGCUCUAUGGUCGGUGGGCGCGAGCGCAGCGGGGCGGUACGACACUGCUACGCCAUACAGUCCGCCUUAUACGAAAUACAAAUAUAUACCUUUACAUAAUGGCAACACACAGACUGACAAUCUAUUUGAAGAACUUCCUGAGGAGUCAGAGUCGUCUAACACGCACAUGCCGCCUUCUGAGCUGAUCCUGGCAGGCUUGAGGACUCUCCUUGAUGUUGUCAGGAAUAUCAAUAAGAGUCGAGCCAAUAACAGCCUAGCCACCGCUAAAAACUCAACAGCUGUUGUACUCCGAAAAUCAAACUCAUUUAACACCACGUUUGGAGAUAGCGGCCGAGGAUUUGACGACUAUUAUGAUGAGCACCACUACCACGACACCACGACGACGACGACUGCGAAACCUAUGAAGCAAGGACGAUACACGGACCCGUGGGCUGGUUACUACGACUGGAUCAUAAACGAAGGAUCUUUCAAGUUCUGGAGCGUUUUCCAGCUAUUCACUGCAGCUCUUCUACUGUAUGCCGCAUUUUCUGCCAUUUAUUAUGCGAAAUUCAACCCUAUAUUACCGGACUAUAGUAUGGAGUACGACGAUUACUUCCUGGAACGCACUGUUGGCAGGAAAGCAAGGAGUCUUGACCCCUCGGAAUUACCAUCAGGUCUCACAUGGAUAAAUCCUAGAACAUUCCAAUUUAUUUUAGACGCAAUUUCAAAAUAUUAUGAAAAUGAAUAACUUUUUUUUUUUAUUAGGGUUUUAUAAUUGUGGUUUAUAUUUCAUUAUUGUCAAUUAUUGUUGGAACAAUGUACACAAAUGCAUUAUAACAAAAUCACACUCAUACUUUGAUCGAUAUUUUCGUAUUGAGGUAUGGAUCAUUAAUAAAUAUAUCAUAUCUCAAUACCUCAAUACAAAAAUAUUGAUGAUGAGUAUGAUUUUGUUAUAAUCCAAAUGGGAUAAUAAACUAAUACUAAAAUCAAUACAGGGCAACGACCUCAUUAUUUAAGUAUAGUUUAAAUAGUUAAUGUAAUAUUUUAAGACAAUAAAAAACACUUGUUACCCUGUAUUGAUUGUACUCAACAUAACUUGAUGUACAAAAACAAAUAUUAAAAGAAUUUAAUCAAUUUCCAUGUAUAUUUUUUUUAUUUCACGUAAUGUACCAAUAACCGUGGUAAAGUUACAAGUUAAUUUGAAAUGGAAUAUAGUACGAAUACAAUCGUAGUAUAAAAUUCACCUUAAAUAAAAUUAUUAAAAUAUACCUGUACUGACUACUGAAGAAUAUACUGAAAGAAACUUUGUAAUAUUAUUGUAAUAUUCUCAAUUAUCUACAAAAAAUUAUACGUAUGGUUAAAAUUUCAAUUAAUAUAAUAUAAAAAAAAAUAUUAAAAAACAGAUUAGAUUUUAUUUUGUAUAAAAUUGUAAGCCUAAAUGAUGUGAUUUAGUUCUUGUGUAUGCUCAACAUCGAAUUUAUUGGCUUUUUAACUUUUUAAGUGAACUGGGUGCUCAAUUUUAGUUUCUAGGUAAAAUUUGAUUUAAAAAAAUAAUAAAAUAUAUAUGUUAUUGUAGAAGCACGUAAAUUGGUAAAUCUUAGGUUUUACCAGUAAAUCUCAGUAUUUACCAACAUGUAAGGAUUUUAUAAAAAACAGAUCAUUUAUGGGACUUUUACCAAAAUUAAACUAAUUUAUCUUUCUCACUACGGGUGACGAGCACCACGUACUGAACAUGUGUUACUUUUUGUCUAUUUUUUUUAUAUGUAUUUACUAUGUUAUUUGUUUGAUGUAAAAUAAAAAAAAAUAGUUUUACCAUAAUUUGGGGUUUUACAGUAACAUAUAUAAUAUUUA